GCGCGUCUCCGUCGUUUCUUCCGAGCACACGGCAGCCCACCGGAUCGGUCGAUCUAGAGAUGGUGUUUGUUUGUCGCAGUCGCAACCGAAUCACACUGCUCCCAUAUAAAUAGAAUGGCGCCGGCGACCGGCGUUGCCCACUUCACAUUCACAAGACCGGAGGAGCCCACUCCUGCAUGUAACUCAGAUACUCCACCCGAGAGUCCGCACCAACUCACAUCACACCUCACCUUCCACUCCAGAAGAAGAAGCCAGACCGGAAUCCCGAGAGCCCUGCCCCUGCUCCCUCGGUUCCUCCUCCGUUGGGCGUUUGGCCGCCGGGGGUGGUGGGCCGAGACCGAGAUGAUAUCGUGGAACGAUGUAUACACGGUGCUGACCGCGAUGGUGCCCCUGUACGUGGCCAUGUUCCUGGCGUACGGGUCGGUGCGGUGGUGGCGCAUCUUCACGGCGGACCAGUGCUCCGGCAUCAACCGCUUCGUGGCCAUCUUCGCCGUGCCGCUGCUGUCCUUCCACUUCAUCUCCACCAACGACCCGUACGCCAUGAACCUCCGGUUCCUGGCCGCGGACACGCUGCAGAAGCUGGUCGUCCUCGCGGGGCUGGCCGCGUGCUCGCGCCUGCCCUCCAGGCUGGCGGCGCCGCGGCUGGACUGGUCCAUCACGCUCUUCUCCGUGUCGACGCUGCCCAACACGCUGGUGAUGGGCAUCCCGCUGCUGAUCGCCAUGUACGGUCCCUACGCCGGGUCCCUGAUGGUGCAGGUGGUGGUGCUCCAGUGCAUCAUCUGGUACACGCUGCUGCUGUUCCUCUUCGAGUUCCGCGCCGCGCGGACGCUCAUCGCGGACCAGUUCCCGGACACCGCGGCGGCCAUCGCGUCGCUGCACGUGGACCCGGACGUGGUGUCGCUGGAGGGCGGGCGCGCCGAGACGGAGGCCGAGGUGGCGGAGGACGGCCGGCUGCACGUGACGGUGCGCCGGUCGUCGGCGUCGCGGCGGUCGCUGCUGAUGGCGACGCCGCGGCCGUCCAACCUGACGGGCGCGGAGAUAUACUCGAUGAGCUCGUCGCGGCAGCACAGCCCGCGGGGCUCCAACUUCAACCACGCCGACUUCUUCGCCAUGGUCGACGGCGCGCCGCCCCCGCCGGCGCCCGGCGCGCGCGCCUCGAGCUUCGGCGCCGCCGAGCUGUACUCGAUGCACUCAUCGCGGGGGCCGACGCCGCGGCAGUCCAACUUCGACGAGCGCUCGGCCUCGGCCCGGUCGUCGAGGCCCGCGGCCGUGCCCAGCCACGACGCCAAGGAGCUCCACAUGUUCGUGUGGAGCUCGGGCGCCUCCCCCGUCUCGGACGUCAGCGGCCUGCCGGCCUUCACCGGUGGUGGCGCGGGUGGCGUCAACGUCGGCGCCAAGGAAAUUCGCAUGGUUGUCCCCGCCGAGAUGCCGCAGAACGGCUCGGCCGGCAAAGAGAACGAGAACAACGGUGCAGCAGCAGCAGCGACGGGGGAAGCCGAGGGUUUCGGCUUCAGAUCAGGCGGCAAGACGACGGCGGAGGACGCCGAGGCGGGAGAAGCAGCAGGGCCCGAGCAGCUAACGAAGCUGGGGUCCAGGUACUCGACGGCCGAGCUGCGCGCGAAGGACGACGGCGGUGGCGCGGGCUCGGCGGCGCAGCAGAUGCCGCCGGCGAGCGUGAUGACCCGCCUGAUACUAAUCAUGGUGUGGCGCAAGCUGAUCCGCAACCCGAACACGUACUCCAGCCUCAUCGGCCUCGCCUGGUCCCUCGUCGCGUUCCGGUGGCACAUCUCCAUGCCGGCGGUCGUGGCCAAGUCCAUCGCCAUCCUCUCGGACGCCGGGCUGGGGAUGGCCAUGUUUAGCCUGGGUACGUUACGUGACGCCAGCGCCCAGCCCACACCCCUUGUGCUCCUGUCGUCCCGUAGCCCUACACCGCCAAUUAGUUCCCGCGCCCACACGCCGAGGCGCGCGCGGCCCCGAUCGGAUUCGGGAGAGAGGCUAACGACUAAACGCUGUGGACGCUUACUUUGUGGCCAGGAUUGUUUAUGGCGCUGCAGCCGAAGCUCAUCGCGUGCGGAUGGCGCGCCACAGGCGUCUCCAUGGCCGUCCGCUUCCUCGCCGGCCCUGCCGUCAUGGCCGCCGCGUCCCUGGCCAUCGGCCUCCGAGGGACCCUUUUGCGGAUCGCCAUUGUGCAGGCGGCUCUACCGCAAGGGAUCGUGCCCUUCGUGUUCGCGAAAGAAUACAACGUCCACCCGGCCAUCCUGAGCACUAUGGUAAUUUUUGGCAUGAUGAUAGCGCUGCCGAUUACCUUGAUCUACUACAUCCUUCUUGGACUGAAGCCAGUGUAGUGUAGCUGCUUCGUUCGUCCUGCUGCACACACAUGAUGAGGCAUGCAUGAGCGAGGUCCUAGUAGACCACCAUGGACGACGCUGAGCUGGUUGCACUCGAGCGUGGCCCACAUGCAUGGCUGGAGCCUUGUAAUUUUGAGUCAGCUCCAGUGUUCCCUUUGUGGGGGUGAUUAGACAUGCAUGCGGUUUUUGUUGCUUAUUACUAAUCCAUCUUGUCGUUUGAGGAUUGCAUGUAGUGUCGUCCAUGCCCAUAUAAACCCUAGUUUAAGCUUUGAGGGCCCUCUAUCCUAGAGAUCUCGAUUUGCUCGUAGCGAGAAAUGAACCAUACAUGCGUGACGAUAUUUGCUCGCUGCAUUGGGAUUUGGGAAACGGAUAUACUGCGAAGACGAGAAGUUUACUGUGCGCAUCAUCGGUUUGUGCGAAGCUGAGUUCAAAGGAAAAUACAGUCAAUAUAUACUCCCUCCUAUUUGCAUUCACAA